AUGAGAAAGCAUAAAAAUGGUCCGACGAGAGCUUUGGGGUGGAUUAGGGUACCUAAUGGUGCAGAGACAAAAUGGUCAUCUACAAUCAGCUUCAAAAUGGUGUUCCCCAGUGAUCUUCAACACUGCCCUUUCUGCAAACAGCAUCGAAUUGAAUCCACAACAAAUAACCGUCGUGAGGAUAGAAAUUUCAGUUUUACCAAUCAAGAGACUGUUUAUUAUUACUGGAUGAUUGUGUUUGUUCCUUCAACUAUCAUUUUCUUAUCGUCUGUUGCUUACCUUGUUGUUGGUGAGUAA